AUGUCCCCGAACAACCCAGACGCCUUUGCGCAAAACCCUGGAGCUGUUCGGCUCAGAUCAGAUAUUAAAUCCUCCACGGGCAGGGCAUCUCGACGCCUGGACCGAUCUAAUUGCAAAGUAUACCCGUGCUGGGGUGUUUCGUCCACGCAGGCACAGAGCCACAGACACAUCCCAAUGCCAUCCAUCCCAUUGCAUCCGCACAGCGGUUCACAUUUGUAUCAUCAUCUCUCCAUCCAUCCAUUUGCCCUCCCGUUUAGCUCUCUCGCUAGCCGACUCGGCUGGGGAAAGGGAUCCACGAUAGGCAGGGCGUCCGUGCACAGUGGUGGCAUGAUUGGCGGGAUGCAGGGUCGAACCCUCUUGAUUUGUCGCCGAUCGCAUUUGCCCGCCGGGCUGUCUCGCCUGUCCGUCAUGCUCGGCGUCGGCGUCGGCGACAAGACCACUGUCUGGAGAAAAAAUGGGUCAGCCGCUAAUGCGAGGAGAAGUCACAUUGACGUGGAUGGCCUUAAAAGGCGCUCUCGUCAAGACUCGCUCUACAGAACUAGAUAUCUUGACCCGGUGGCACCCCGGUUCCUCCCCAAGCUAUACGUAUCCCCACAUCCUACUUCAAUGCAACCUCGAAAGUUAAGGCCAUUUCACACAAUCGAUGAGGCGGGCCUUACCGCCUCAUCUCGAAAUUCGACGAUCGAGAGCGCCACCUCCAACCUGGCUUUGUUCGCUGCGCUCGGGGGAUUCUGGAAAAUUAUUCAGGAGAAAGUAGCCCGACCAAUGAGACUCGUGCGCCUGGACUUUCACCCUGAAUGGCCGCGAGAAUCAAAGGAAAACUCCGGCGAGUAUUUGGAAUUAAGCGGCGGAUCUGCCAAGCUCCCAUGA